AAAGCAGAUAGAUUCUAGUGUGUUCUUUCUCGUGCAAAGUCUUUACGAUUGAUUCUUCACUCUUCUAUUUGACAGGUAGGUUCGGAUUGCCUGCCAAUUUCUCGCCGGUUUGGUGACUUUAGAGAAGUUCGAUGGCCAAUUCGUCCAGGCUGCUUCCCUCCCGGCAUAGCAUAAGCACCGAUUCUGACAUCAGCUUGCUCCACGAACGAAUCCAGUACCGGCGCUGGUUCCGGCAGCCAGGUUAAAAAAUGACGACGAGAUCGAAUUUCUACAAGAAUUCUUCAAUCUCAUACAAGAAGGAUUUGAGCGUCUCUUCUGUGAUUCAGAACCUCAAAGCUUAUAACGUUGCAACCGGAAAUGUUCCCGUGACCGAUGACCAACCGCGCACCGGCGAGGGAAAGGAGGGUCGGGAAAAGCGAAAAGUUCGCGCCGAAAAACCUCCUCGACCUAGCAAGCGCCGGGAAGUUGAGGAGGAUGAUGAUCGGCCGAUGUCUCACCAGGAUUACGUCAUAAAAUCAGGAAAGAAGCCAGCUCAUCUCAGCCUUAUGAAUCACUGAGUGCUGAUGUUUUGGUAACUUUGGAGUUCAAAUGUUGGAAUCAAUUGAUGAGCUGGGAUGGUUUCAUAUUGUUUCUUCAUGGUUGUUACUGUGGCAGGAGAAUUCGAAAUCGGUGUUGAAUUUGGUGGCCUAUGGAAGCGAUGAAAGCAGUUCUUCAGAAUCUGAAGUGGAGGGUACUUCACAGACUGAUCAGACAAAUGAAGUUGACCAAAUCAAGACAAGAGACGAACAGCGGUUUCCACUUGCUGGAGAACCGUUCUGUGUGGUAUGCGGUAAAUAUGGGGAGUACAUCUGCGACGAGACAGAUGAUGAUAUAUGUAGUCUGGAAUGCAAGGCUGAGCUUAUACGGAGGCUACAAUGUGCUAAGAGAGCACAAAGCAACAUUAACAGUGAUGUCUCCCCAUCUAAACUCCAAGGUGUACAAGUAAUGCCUGAGUUUAGGGAUGGCACUUGGGACUACAAACAGAACUGCUGGUCCAAACAGAGAUCAAAUCUUUGUACCUAUGAAUGCUGGAAAUGCCAUAAACCUGGGCACCUUGCAGAAGACUGUUUGGCAGAAUCAGAGGACCAGGUCAGGCAUUCUGCUCUGCCCAGAAUUAAUAAAAAUUAUAAAUUUCGCUCUCUUGUGAAGUAAAGGUGGACUAGCAGACUGAUUUCACUUAUCAAAGUAAGCAACAUGCAGGCUUUAGCUAGGAGAUCGAAUUCCAUAUCUAAGGAUCUCCGUGGACUUUACAGAAGUGCAGGACACUUAAAUGAGCAUAUCAGGACGCACCUAUCCCAUCAGCAAUAUUACUCCCAUAAACUUAAACGACUUGUGAAAUGCUGCAAAUCAACAUGCAAGGUGACUAAGAUGAGGGAUCUUUUGGUUUGCCAGUUCUGCUUUGACAAAGCUUUCGACAAGUUCUAUGAUAUGUAUACCGCAAGUUGGAAACCUACUGGACUUUCAAUCAUCUCGGGUUCUAUUUGCUGCGAAGAUCACUUGAAUGGUAAGCCUCUAUGUACAUCUUCGAUACUCUUUGUCCUUCGUAUUCGUGGAUGCCUCAUCCGUCAAGGUGAGCUUGGUUGCUUUGAUUUGGCCAGGCAUAGAAUGAAUUGCUUGAAUGCAGACCUUGAAGAGAAGGCAUAUAUUCUAUCCAGAAGUCCACAGAAGGGCAAGUCCGUUCAACUAAGCGACUUCAUUUUUUGAGAAGCAAAAAUUACUUCCCUGAAAUUGUCCUUGCCUUUCCGUACGCAACUGGUGAGUGCGAGUGUAUCAUUGGAAACAAAAAGUUAGGAAGACAAGAUCGAACAAAAAUUUGGUAUCUCUAAUUAAUAAUUCUACUAUGUUUCAAAAUUUUUGGCAUCUCUAAUAAAUUGAAUUGCUUGCUGGCCUCUUUCCUCCCUCCUCUUUGUGAAAUGGCGCCCAACGUGUCAACUUUCUCCAUUUCUCGAGCUAUGCAUGUCAAAGUUCAAACAUGCAGUUGCUC